CUUCGAGUAUGGGGCGGAACAAAUAGCGGAGCAGCAAAGACUUCUCCGUCUGUCCCAUUUAACGGACACAGACAGCGGUAAUUGUGUGAAAUAUGAUCACAAUAUUUAUCAGUAGCAGAGUGAGACAUUCGGUGGACGAACAUGCCGGACACUGGGUCUAAAAUACACUAAUGUAAGCAGAUCUUCAUCUACUGCUUUUUUGCUCCCCUGAUCUGUCACCAGUCACAGAGAUGUCCCUGGCUCAGAGGGUCUUGCUGACCUGGGUCUUUACCCUGAUUUUCCUUAUCAUGCUAGUACUCAAACUGGACGGGAAGGUGCAGUGGAACUGGUUUCUCAUCUUCCUCCCAGUUUGGGUCUUUGAUGGUAUCCUCAUCCUAAUGCUUGCCAUUAAGAUGGCAGGUCGCUGCAAGCCCGGGUACGACCCACGCAACGGCUCCCCAGACCUGCGUCUACGUGCCUGGUACCUGACGGCAAUGCUGCUCAAGCUGGGCUUCUGCCUAACACUGUGUGCCAAGCUGGAAAAACUAGCAGAUGUGAAGCUGACGUUUGUGUGCAUACCACUGUGGACCAUGUUACUGGGAGCACUGGUGGAGCUGGGGCUGAAUAUCUUUCCCGAAAGGAGAGAAGCCUGAAGGGGAUCUGUGCAUCAUAGAACUAUUGUAAACUUUGAGGUGUUUGUGUGAUAAUGACAGCUUGAACAUGUUUCCAGAGAGAACUGAAUUGUAACUAAGAAUGAACUCAUCAUGUCAUACAACGGUAUUCUGUUCAAGAACAAGACACCCAGAAUAAAAACACAAUCGUGUGUUCAGACGUCAGUCAACUUUGCUGGAAUGGACAAGAGCAGAGCUGGGACUUUGCUCUCUUUGUUGUAGUAGAGCUGCUAAACUUAUCACUCAAUCACCUAAAAUCACAAUGGCUCAACAGACCCUCACUACUCUAUUUUCAGCCCUGUAAAAAUGUCAGAAGGGAAUCACCUAUUUGACUACUGUGAAAUGUACACUGGAAUGAAAAUGACUACCCUCUCCCACUCAUGUAUAGAACGUGACACAAGAUGGUAUUUGCUGGAUAUUCUUUUCCUUAACAUACGCUGUAAAUCAUAGUCAUUGUCACUUUGUAAAGUACGUUUGUGGCUCUACAUCAAGAAUUGCACAUUUUGUAUUUAUACUUUUCAUUCCUGACACAUGGAGGUUAGUUCACUAGCUAACUUUUAUUUUUACAAUUUAUGAAUUAACUUCCAGGAGGGCUUGUUUGUUUGUCAGCAAACAUACAUAAUUCAUUAUCUAGCAGAAGUUGAAGAAGAAACUGAUCAUGACAUUAAGAGGUCUUACAGCAGCCUGUGAUUUUAUUUUUCUAUAUCUACUCUGCAUCAAAUGAAGUCUGUUUUGUAUCAUGUAACUUCUUACCUGUCAUGAGAAAAUGCUCAAACUUUCCUGACCUAUUGAUAUAAAAAUGAUCCAGUUUUUCUAUGAAUCAGGAUGAGGCAGUUACAGCUCAUCUGAAUACUUUAUACCAGCAGAUUGUAGUGUUCUUAAAUAUUUAACACACUAAAUCAUUCUGCGGAGACUGUGAAGGAUCGACAUUUGUUUCGUGCCAUUUGAUUGCCCUUUAGUGUCUGAAAUACAUUCUUUAUUUUGCACAAUGUUGCAGUGUUUUGUGAAUGAAAGUAUAUAGUAUUUAUUGCAUGUCAUGUAAAAAAUAAACUGAUUCUGCACUGAACAUAGUAUUUAUGUCAAAUGGCCGUGAUAUUAAAUAUAGUAGUUAGUAAUAAAAUUUCAGUUCACACGAACAUAUUUCUGUCAUUCCAAGGAUCCUACUUUAAACUGUGUGAAAUAAAGCUGGGAUGUGACCUGAAAUGA